CAUUCUUAACGUUAGAUCAUUAUAGUUCAAAUAUAUGUAUAUAAAUUUCCCUACUUUAUCUUACCAAUCAAGAACCUUAUAAGCGAUAGAAAAGAAAACAUUUUAUGUCAUCGUCAACCGUAUUUGUAUUGUAUUCCGUCAGUAUUCCAGUAUUAGUACGAAUUAUUAUCAACCUCUACGUGGCUGUCCAUCGAUAUACAUAAAGCGAAAUUUUUCUUUGGCAAAAGUUUAACAUUAAGCAUCAAAAUUAGCGAAUCAAGCAUGUCACGUAAAACGGUAGGGAGGAGGGCAACCACAAAGAAACGAGCGCAGCGCGCUACGUCCAAUGUGUUUGCCAUGUUUGGUCAAGCUCAAAUACAAGAGUUCAAAGAAGCUUUCAAUUUGAUUGAUCAAAAUCGUGAUGGAUUUAUUGAUAAAGAAGAUUUGCAUGAUAUGUUGGCAUCAUUGGGAAAGGAUCCGACUGAUGAAUAUUUAGAAGGUAUGAUGAAUGAUGCACCGGGUCCAAUCAAUUUUACUAUGUUUCUGACAUUAUUUGGAGAAAGACUCCAAGGGACAGAUCCAGAAGACGUUAUAAAAAAUGCAUUUGGAUGCUUUGAUGAAAAUAAUGAAGGUGUUAUAAAUGAAGAACGUUUAAGAGAGCUUUUAGUUACCAUGGGUGAUAGAUUCACUGAUGAAGAUGUCGAUGAAAUGUACCGUGAAGCUCCUAUAUCCAAAGGCAUGUUUAAUUACAUUGAAUUUACUCGCAUUUUGAAACAUGGUGCAAAAGAAAAAGAUGAGGUUUAAUUUUGAAUUGAUACAGCUCUACUUAUUUUAUACCUAUAUUAUCCAGCCUAAUAACAUCUAAAUUAUAAUUAUUAUUAAUAUAAUACUAAUUUAUAACUUAUAUAUCAUGUUUAAUUGAUAGAGAAUUUUAGGUAAAAUACUUAGUAUACCUAUUUUAUUUGUUUAAUCUUAUAUAUUAUGUCUAACAUUUCAUUUUCAUUUUAUUAUUUAUUUUAUAAACCUUUCAUAUUUAAUAAAUAUUUUUUUAUUCUGUCAA